UUGCUGAUGCUGCGGAGGCUGCUUCUGCUGCUAUAUAAGGCCACCGAUCGGUGGAGCACUUCAAUACAAAUCAGUCGGUAAUCCAAUCAACAUGAAGUUCUUCCUCGCCUGUUUGCUGCUCGCCGCCUGCCUGGCUCUUGGCCAGAGCAGUGCCAUCUAUGGCACAAGCUACGCCCAAGUGCCCGUCGUCCGUCAAGUGCCCGUGGUCCGCAAUGUGCCCGUGGUCCGUCAUGUGCCCGUCGUCGACUCCGUUUCCGUGCCCGUCGUCCACUCGGUAGUGCCCGUGCAUCGCGCCGCCUACAUUUCAUCACCAUCUCUGCUGCGCGUUGGACACGCCUACGAUGUUCCUCUCGCCUACGGCGGAAUUCUGAAGCAAAAGAAAUAAGCUUACUCCAAUUAACUGAACAGCUCGGCAAAUACGCUUCAAGAUUCUUGCAACAAAAUUUACGAACAAUUU